CUUCAAUUCUACGCCUAAACCCCCCACACAAGGAGACUCAAGGAUGGCAGCUUCGAUAGUCCUGAGCACCACGAGACAACUCUGGAGGCCGGUCUUGCUGGCGCCUCGUUCGGUGCAGGUUCUAACAGAUGGCAAUCGCAGGAACUUGGCCUCGCAACAGACGAUUCCUCCCCCUGCCAAAUAUGGGGGACGCCACACCGUGACUAUGAUCCCCGGAGAUGGGAUUGGACCAGAACUCAUGCUUCACGUCAAGGAACUGUUCAGGCAUGCCUGUGUGCCCGUGGACUUUGAGGAAGUUCUGGUGAGCUCGGAGGCCUCAGGAGAGGACAUAAAGAACGCCCUCAUGGCUAUCCGGCGUAACCGUGUCGCCCUGAAAGGAAACAUUGAGACGAACCAUAACCUGCCGCCUUCCCACAAGUCCCGGAACAACAUACUGCGCACGAAUCUGGAUCUCUUUGCCAACUUGAUCCAUUGCAAGAGCCUUCCAGGAGUGGCAACCAGACACCAUGACAUCGACAUCCUGAUAGUUCGGGAGAACACGGAGGGGGAGUACAGCAGCCUGGAGCAUGAGAGUGUGUCUGGCGUAGUGGAGAGCCUGAAGAUCAUUACGAAGACCAAGUCGCUGCGCAUUGCAGAAUAUGCCUUCAAGUUGGCCAAUGAGACCGGUCGCAAGAAGGUGACAGCUGUCCACAAGGCCAACAUCAUGAAGCUGGGGGACGGACUCUUCCUGCAGUGCUGCAAAGAGGUGGCCGCUGGCUACCCAAACAUCACCUUCGAGAGCAUGAUUGUUGACAACACCACGAUGCAGCUGGUGUCCCGCCCACAGCAGUUUGACGUCAUGGUUAUGCCCAAUCUCUAUGGCAACAUCGUCAACAACGUCUGUGCUGGACUGGUUGGGGGUCCGGGCCUGGUGCCGGGGGCCAACUACGGGCGUGACUAUGCAGUUUUUGAAACGGCCACACGCAAUACUGGCAAGAGCAUUGCGGGCAAGAACAUUGCCAACCCCACAGCUAUGCUGCUUGCCAGCUGUAUGAUGCUGGAUCAUCUCAAAUUGCACAGCCACGCAUCUGUGAUCCGCAAAGCAGUCCUGGCCUCCAUGGAUGAUGCAGAAACCCACACGCCGGAUAUUGGGGGCCAGGGCACAACUUCAGCAGCUGUUCAGUCAAUCCUGCAACAGAUCCGCAAAGCUAACCCUAACCUGGCACAGUAAGUGACAUCCUGAAUUCUAAGAGCAGCAGCAGAGGAAUUUCUCCAUCCCAGCUGCGAAUGAAACAAAUACCUGCUCCUAUCUCCAUAAAAGAGGAAGGCGCAACCCUGCUAUUUGUGAAUGGAAAUGACCCUUCCAUGACAAGCUGUCAAAGCACAAUCUUCAUCUUUUGUACAUAGUCUGUAAGUUGGCAAUUCCUCUCCACCUCCCCAAAGGAAAUAAAUGUAAAUGUG